UACUGGAGUAUCUGUUUGUGGCCGCUCACCUCCAGAUGUGCAUAUGACAUGUCCCUCUUUGUGCUGCCAGCCACCAGCCUCAGAUGUGUGUACAGUGUUCACCCUCAUGUUCCUCCCACCAAUGACUUUGGAGAUGGUUGUCAUGGUGACACUUCAAAUGCUGCCGAUGAACUGAUGGGUUGUAUUUGCCUCUCUUUGCCAACGGGUGAUUGUUGUGUGAUGAUUCAUCGUGGACACAGAGCUGCUGAGCCAGGAGCCUUUGUUAGUUCAGGGCAGCUCACAGUGUGGGCUGCACUUAGAAAUGCAGCAGCAGCAGCGAGGGCGGCACUCUUUAGCCGGGGAAAUGAUGGCUGUUGUAAAGAGGCACAAUCGCAGGCACUCUGCCUCGGAUGUCCUGCUCAAGGUGUUGCAGUGCAGACGCGGCUCUGCUCUGGAGAUCCUUUCGUCCUCCUCCCACAGAGUCAUGGUGGCCGUCAGCGUGAAUCAGCCUCGGGCUCCCACUCAAAGCAAGACCAGAACAACCAACAUGAGAGUCCCCACAGCCAAGUAUACCAAAAUGGGGGAGACGCUGAGGCAUGUCAUUCCUGGUCACAUGCAGUGCUCCAUGGCCUGUGGAGGUAAAGCCUGCAAAUAUGAAAAUCCCUCCCGCUGGAGUGAAGAAGAUCAAGCGAUCAAAGGACUCUACUCGUCCUGGGUUACAGACAACUUGCUGGCUAUGGCAAGGCCUUCCACUGAAAUCAUAGAGAAGUAUAACGUAAUUAAACAAUUUCAAAGGUGUGGUUUGAAAACCGUCAUUAACCUGCAGCGGCCCGGAGAACACGCCAGCUGUGGCAACCCGCUGGAGCAGGAGAGUGGCUUCACCUACCGCCCCGAAACCUUCAUGGAGGCAGGCGUCUAUUAUUACAACUUUGGCUGGAAGGACUACGGUGUGGCUUCUCUGACUACAAUCCUCGACAUGGUGAAGGUCAUGUCCUUUGCUGUACAAGAGGGGAAGAUGGCCGUCCACUGCCAUGCGGGCCUUGGAAGGACAGGUGUGUUAUUGGCCUGUUACUUAGUGUUCACAUCGCGGAUGAGCGCUGACCAAGCCAUCCUGUUUGUGCGAGCAAAGAGACCCAACUCCAUCCAGACCCGAGGUCAGCUGCUCUGCGUUCGGGAGUUUGCCCAGUUUCUGGUUCCUCUCCGAAGUGUCUUCUCCUGUGCAGAGCCCAAAGUGAGUGCAGUGACUUUGUCCCAGUACCUGACCCGCCAGCGCCACCUGCUGCACGGCUACGAGGCUCGGCAGAUGAAGAACGUCCCAAAGCUCGUCCAGCUGGUGUGCAGGCUCCUGGUCGACAUAGCAGCCAACAGGCAGGUGGAGAUUGAGGAAGAGUGGCUGGAGGUCCCUGACCUCACAGCAGAAGUGGAGAAGACUGUGUCCCAGCAGGCGCUUCAGCAGCUGGGGAAGGAGAUGAGAGGGAAGGGUAUUCCUGUCCUGCCAUGUUCAUCUAACCCUCUUAGCCCAGCAACUCUGCAGGCCACAGCCCUUCACGAUCAGCCACUCACUAGUGAUAACGAGCUCGACCCUCUGUGGAGGCAGCAAAAUCUAGAGGUCAGUUUGAAGUCUCUCUUUUACGAUAGGAGCCUCAGCUACAGUGAUUCUGUCCUUGACAAACUUGGAUCACAGCAGCAGCUUUUAGGAAAUCUAAAGAGGAACAAAGCGAUGAACUGCCUGAUCAAACAUUCCCUGUCUCACAGCAGCCUUACAGCCUAUGACCCCCUCACACUGUGCGACCUCUCUUCUCAGAACAAUAUCAGCAGCAAUCAGGAGCCAAACACUGAUUCCCCCUGUCUCAAAAAAACACUGCAUAAGAGACACCAGAGUUUGUCUUUGGAUCUGUCAGAGCAGGGAAGAACAUCCCACUUUAACGCUGCACUGCCAGCUACAUCAACCAGGAGCAGACUGGGGAGCAGUGGAAGGCAGCCUGAUGAUGUGUCGGAGAGCAGAACCGAGACAAGCUUUUCCUCAGAGGUUCCGUUCAUCAGCCUCCAGGCUGAGCUCUCUCCAGACGGCAGGCGUCUGCUGGUGGCUAGAGCGCUGGCCAUGGACCUGCCAGACACUGAUCUCACCUCCAAGGUCUCCGUGUGGCAGACGGAGAUAAACUCCAGAGAGGGCGCAUGGGAGCGGCUGUGUAUGGAGAGAGAUCCUCUGGUUCUGUCUGCGCUCAUGUGGUCUUGGCUGGAGCAGCUCAAGGACCCAGUCAUCAGCAGCGAGGAUGUGAAAGUUCUCAGUGAGAACAAUGUAAACCCACAGAAGGCACUUAACGCACUGGAAAAGGGCCACCGCCUCACUCUACUCUGCAUCCUGGACUGUGCGGCUCACCUGAUGCCAAUGCCUGACGAAGUGGAGACAAGCUUUCUCAACCAAACGAUUAAAGUGUUUACAAAGAUUGACUCUGCAUCAGAGAAGAAUGAGCUUUUAUAUGAAACACUAAAAACAAUCCUGACUCCCAUUCUUCAUGAGCUGCAAGACAAAUUUGUGGAGGAAAAUGACCUCAUGUGAGGAACCUUUUAAACCUGAUGUUUGACACUAAUUUGAUGGGCAUUAUUGUAUUCUAAUUCAGAUACUGCUGAGAGCCACCAACCUGUAGUCUUUUAGGUGUAGUUGACAACUCUGUAGUCCAGAGGUUCUGCAUUUUGCUCUUAUUAGGCGCUCUUAAUGGAUCCUAAGCACUGCCAUCCUCUGUUCCUGUGCCAUGCUAAUGAAUGAUUUAUGUUGUAACUGGUUGACAAAUGACAGGAAAACUCUCAUGAUGUUAGUGUAAUGUUAUUUAAACGUGUAGCUCGUCUGUUUGAGUUAAGGAGGGUCUUAUUUAAACCAAAAGAUGUUUUACACUGUGCAGAUGCUACAAGAUGUUUUUAUUUAUUUUCUUUUGUGAAAUGCAGCAGUUAAUUUGAUGACAACAUCUUGAGUUGGAAGGCUGCUCUGUCUCUGUACUAAAUGCAAACUGUUUGACAAUGUACGUGUAAACAGGCCACUGUCUCUGCUUUUCUAAUGAGCUUUGAUCUCUGUUAAUGUGUGUGCAGCACAAAAUCUCUCACUGUGAUGCAUAAACUAAUAAUAAAUAUUUAUUUUAAAGCUG